ACGUGAUGACGCAGGUUUGGAGUUGCAGGCAUGAGAUGUCUAUCGCGCUUCUUCACGUCCAGGAACAUCGGCAAUAUUGUGAAGUUUAUUGAGCCCAGUGUUACCUUGACAAUCCGCAGUACUCCGUCAUUUACCUCGUUUUUCUGCAGGAAAUUUACGGACAGCGGCACCAACAUGGAUCUGAGUAACAUGAGAAAGAGCUAUAAGAGCGAUCAGGAGUGUUUUGAGGAGGAUCAGCUUACUUCUUUAGAUCCAAUUAAACAAUUCGGCAGCUGGUUUGAUCAAGCCACUAAGUGCCCUGAGGUGGGAGAAGCCAAUGCAAUGUGUCUUGCAACAGCGACCAAGGACGGUCGCCCCUCUGCACGCAUGGUUCUUCUAAAAGGCUACAGCGAGGAGGGAUUUCGCUUCUUUUCCAACUAUGAGAGUCGGAAAGGUGCAGAGUUGGACUGCAAUCCCCACGCCUGUCUUGUAUUUUACUGGGAACCAUUAAACAGACAGAUUCGCAUUGAAGGCACUGUAGAGAGAAUCCCGUACGAGAUUUCAUGUGAUUAUUUCCACUCAAGACCCAAGAGCAGUCAGAUCGGUGCUGUUGUUAGCAGGCAGAGCACAGUAAUACCAAGCCGACAAUACCUGAGAGACAAGAAUGCAGAGCUUGAGGAAAAGUAUAAGGACACAAAUGUACCAUUGCCAGAUUACUGGGGUGGAUACAUUGUAAAACCCCACCUGAUUGAGUUCUGGCAGGGUCAGACUAAUAGAUUACAUGACCGAAUAGUCUUUUUGCGGCCAAAAGAGGAAGAGACUGAGCUGGGGGAUAUGCAGCAUCAAGCUGAGGGAGGCUGGAUAUACCAACGCUUAUCCCCCUAAUAGAGAGCAUGCUGUGAAGUCAGCAUCACCGUCUGUGACAUCAAUACAUCAUCAUUAGUUGGCAGCGACUGUCACUAAUAAUGCCAUCAGGGCAUUAACUGACUAGUAAAGACUUAUCCCUCCAUAUUCAUCCUGCAUUCAUAUUCUCUUAACCAAAACAAGAAGGGAGUUAUUAUUUGUAGAUAACUGUAUACAUGAUUUUAUGAAUAUACAAAUCAUGUUGCAUUACAAAUGGUGCUUCUUUGCAGCAUUUUUAAGCCUUGAAAAACUGACCUCAACACAUUCUUAAUCUAUUACUUGUAGGUGCAAAGUCUGUUGACUGCCUAAUGUUUAUUAAUAAUUAAAAAAAAAAAGCACAGCUGUACUUGCAGCCUCAAUUAUAGUUUCAGAGAACAUAGACUUUGGACUUCUGUCACAACAAUAACUUGUUGCUCUGUUUGUUGUUUUGCUCAUCUGUAAAUGUGUUCAUGAUACAGCAAAUAUUCUGCAAGACAAAUGUGAAAUAUUUUUAUUAGAUUGCUGUUGUAAAUGUGCCAAACUUAAUGUUGACUUAAAAUCAUUGUCUAUUUGACUGUAAUUCUGUAAUGAAUAAGUGACUUUCUGUACAUGUAAAACAAGGUAGUAAACUGUUUAAAUUUUGCAGCAAUGAUCAUUGUUUUUUUUGCCAGCAGAUGGCAGUGGCAUCCAAAUAACUUGUGCUCUUUGCUU